UAUGUUAUCUAUAGUAUAGGAUUCUAAUUUGCAAAAUAACAGCGCAAGCUGCGCAAGUUUUCAUGCGCAAUGAAAACUUCCCUAAAUUCACUGGUCGAUUGCGGUGUUCCAUUUAGUUUUUCAGCUGAUCACGCUUUCUACGGGCGCCUCGCAGACGACGCGUGUGUCAUGUGCGAAACUGUCGCAGUGUAGUAAGAAGAGUGCUCGUGUACUGUGUAGUUGCUAGCUUGUGGCAGUGAAAAUGUUUUCAGGACUCACUAAUCAGGUCAGUUCUUGGAUGGGAGCAGCUAAAGGCGAGCCCCAAGACGAAGAAGUGCCAACUCCCACCAAAGAUGCGACAGGCGAGACUACGGCGGAGGGCGAAAAACAAAGCCCAACCAAAGGAGCAGGCAAACUUGAUCUCAUCACCAAUGUGAAGUCACAGAUGACCGGUUGGCUAGGAUCAGGCAUUCCUAUUCCAGGUCUUAGGAAAAAUGAAUCAGCACCUACAGACCCCAAUGAACCAGCCCCAGUAGAGCAAACUGAAGUUGCUGCUGAACCUAAGCCAGAAGCAAAAGAUGAUGAUGAUAACUCUAGGUAUAAUAGUGCGACUGGAGGCGCUGACAGCAGACCUGGAUCCACCGGAGGCACUCCGACCGAAGAGCAACCCGCCGGUGUUGGUAACGGUCCACAGAGUAAAAAGUUAUUCAAUGUAGACGCCAUCGACGUACCAGAUAUGCAAGAGUUGACCACAAAAGCUGUGGCCGGUGCCAAGUCUCUGGGUAACUUCCUCUACUCGGCGGUGAAUAAGGCUGGUGCUAAGGUCAGCGAGGCCAGUGCGAAGAUCAAGAAGACGGUCGAGGAGAAUAGCAUCCUCGGUGAAUUCAACCGCGAGCAAGAUGCUUUCAUCAAAGGGCAGGAAGGUCGCGGUGGCGCCGCCGCUCCACCAUGGGUCGGAGCACCCAACGAGGCUGCACUCAAGGAAGAGUGCCUUUCUCUUUCAACCGACCGAAGGAACUUCGUCCGUGCACCGCCAGCGGGCGUUGAAUUUGACUUCGAUUACAACAAGAUGUACCCAGUGGCUGUUUCCAUCAUGAACGAAGAUCCUAACCUCUCUACGAUGCGCUUCGACCUGGUACCCAAAGUUAUCACGGAGGAGAACUUCUGGCGGAACUAUUUCUACCGCGUGUCGCUGAUCUGCCAAGCCAACGAGGCCGACGCUGCUGGCGGACGCCAGUCCAGCGCUGAAGAUUCCCAAGAACAAUGGGAGAAGGAGUUAGAAGCUGAAUUGAACGAAUACGAAGUGGUCGCUGAAAAGACCAACGAUGAUAAAUGGGAAAAGGAAUGCGAAGACCUGCUCGGUGAUGAUGUCGAUCUCAAAUAAUUUAAAAUACAGUCCACCAGAAUACCAGAGAACACACCUUGACCUCAAAGCAUAUGUUAUCAUCAUCAUCAUCCUCGUGCCCUUAUCCCAAUUUUAUUUGGGGGUCGGCGCAGCAUGUCUUCUUCUUCCAUACUUCUCUGUCUGACCUCAUCUCACAAGUAACAUUCUUACUAGACAUAUCGUCUUUCACACAAUCCAUCCAACGUUUUUUGGUCCUCCUCUACCUCUGUGUGUGUGCUCAAGACCUACCUUACAACAUGGUCCUCAUUCCUCCGCAUAACAUGCCCAUACAAUGGCAACCGGUUUCCAAAUAGCUUUUGCAAAGUUUACAAUUUUAUGUGUUUAAAAUUUAUAAUAUACAAUGCUAUUUAAACUAUAGUUAUUAUUCCAAGUAAGCACGUACAGUUGUUUCUAAAGUUUGACGUCAUCACUGAAAUAUUGUUUAACAAAAUGUAAUGAAUGUGUCAAUUGUUUGUAUGUUUGUAAA